UAUUUUGAAACUUCGCAUGGAAAGGGGCCCCAAGAUGCUGCCGGGGGAUGUUUCAAGCGGAAGGCGGAAAUGGCAGUCAUACGAGGGGCAGAGACUAUCCAGUCUGCAAAAGACUUGUAUAAUUUUGGAAAAACCAAGUGUGAACAACCAAGUGAGACUGCUAAUUGUAAGCAAAGACACUUCAGGUAUAUCGAGGCGGUUUCGCGUGAAACAAAGAUACGGUUUAAACCAAUCCCCCAAAACAGGAAAAUACACCAAAUAAUAACCACCGGGAAUCCCUCACUUCUGUUCAUCCGUAAUCUCUCGUGCUAUUCUUGCGAUGAAUGUAUCGAGGGAAACUAUGGAUCUUGUGUUAAUCAACAUGUCGGGAAAACAACGACAGCAAACAUCAGCCGGGAAAAUGUCAACGACGCAGAAGUCGAUGUAGAUGAUACGGAGGAAGAACCACACGGAUUACUUGAUUUAUGUCAGCCCGGUAGCAUACUGGCUGUAUACACAGACGACCCUAAUGAAGACUUUUAUUUAUUCAGAGCUGAAAGUCCGCCCGAAAAGCUGAAAAGGAAGACAAAAGACAGUUGGGGGGCGACAUUUGAAAAAGGACAUGAAAUCAUACGGGGGGUUUAUUUUGAGGCCACGAAUGUCGAUUUUCGCUACCGCCUUUUAAAUGACAGACAUGCCGUGGUGCCAUCAUGUUCUGUGAGACACAUUUUGAUGAAUGCGAGUAUGACCAAUAAAACUCUUGUCAUCAGUAAAACCGACAACGAGGAAAUAUUGGCAUCAAUGCCUGAAGUUUUUCGAAAUUAAUGA